AUGAAACUAUUCACAACAUUGGGGUUCACAGUACCGCUAGCUGCAACACGAACUUGGCUCUACUUCACAUCCACUCUAACUUCAUUUUUCAUACUUGUCCCCAUUUCAUUAAUUGCUUAUCAUGUAUACUACACCACUUUGAUUCCCGAUUCACAAUCGCCGUCAAUCCCAUUAAACUUUAUUGUGACAAAAAUUGCAUCCGAAUCUCCGGUGAAAUCGACCCAUUUUGGCAACACUUAUGAUCCAAAUCGAGUCUUGAUGCUUUCGAAUCCAAUUGAUCCACAAUCGAUAACAACACAACCAGAGGUUAGUGAAUCGAGAUUUGUAUUUGAUAAGGAUUCAUUAUACACUUUUAAACUCAAUUUGGCACUUUAUUGUGAUCAUCAAUUUGCGUAUGAUACAAGUAUACAUACAAUACAGUAUAGUCUACAACUGAGUUUGCGACCCGUGACAAAACCACACAAUAACAAUGAUGACAUUGAGGUGUAUACUAGUGAUGAACCAGUUUUCAAAAGUGGAUCAUUUAUAUUAGACUGUGACCCCAGUUUGAGUUAUGGCAUACAUAACAAAUUUAUCCCCUUGGCCUUACGCAACUGGGUGCCUCCUUUUUUGAUUGAUUAUCGUAAAUUUCAAACAAUUGAAAUUGACGCGUUUGAUAUCUACGGAACAGGGUUAACUUCGGUUGAACAUCAACCACCACCACAACAACAUGAAUCACAACUAGGCAAUACCAAUGACCCAUCCUAUUCUUCAUUCAGUUUGAUCUUGCAAUCGCCUCAAGAUUCAUCAAAAAAAGUCCAACGCAUAUUUACCAUUGACGUCAAUGCAAGUUUUGCCCAAUUUACAUUGAAAUUAACUGGGUUUCGAUAUUUCAUGGCAAAAUAUUUCUAUACAUUUUAUUUCAUUGGUAGUUUGAUAUUUUACUGCAUUUGUUGUGUGGUUACUUUCGUAACUGGGAUUGGGAUCUUAUUCGCAAGAGGUACUAAUCCAGCUGGUACUGCUAGAACGAGGUAG